AUGCAUUUCCUCGUCUUGGGUGCUUCGGGUAGAACGGGAGCUCUUGUUCUUGCGGAAGCUCUUUCAAAAAACCACACCAUCACCGCGCUCGCCCGUAACCCCUCCAGCAUCCCCGCCGCCCCCGGCCUCACCAUCCUAAAAGGCACUCCCACCUCCGACACCGAUCUCCACAGCGCCUUCACCCACGGACCCAAAAUCGACGCUGUCCUCGUAACACUCUCUUCAUCCCGGGCCUCGGAUUCUCCCUUCGCAGCCUCCACUUCUGCCCCCGAUUUCCUCAAGUCCACCGUCACGACCAUCGCUUCCAGCAUGGCGACGCACGAUGUUCACAAGAUUAUCUACAUGUCCGCGUUUGGCGUGGGUGAUUCCAAUGGUGCGUUGUGGUUGCCGAUGCGUUUGUUGAUUAAUAAUUCGACGAUGGGGAAGGUAGGAUUCCAGGAUCAUGCGCAGGCGGAGGAGGUGUUGAAGGGGUCGGGAUUACAGUAUGGGGUUGUGAGGAGCGCCAUGUUGAAGGAGGGCGAGAAGAAGGAUGUUGUGGAGUAUGGCGCCGAUGGAAAGGGUAUGGGUCAUUUGCCAGGCUGUACGAAGAAGACUGUGGCGUCGUAUAUGGUGGCGUGGGCCGAGAAGGAGAAGUUUGAGAGUAAGAUCGUGGUGAUUUGUAAUUAG